CAAACUGUCAAAAUUAUGAAAUAUUUUUUCGUGUUAAUUUAAUAAUGUUUAGACUAUUGCUAUACAAACAUACAAAAGAACUGAUUACCACCUUUUCAACUAACAGGUUCCAACCACAUAGAGGUAUUUUUUACAACUGUGCGCUGUCAAAGAAAAAAACUUCAUUCAUCUCAAAAGGCAACAAAAAAACAGAUAAGGCGAGUCAAGAAGUGUUUUUUCCUUCAUUGAGAAACGAGAGCAUAAAAGACAAAAUAGCUUUAGUAACUGGAGGUACUGAGGGAAUUGGCUUGCAAUGUGUCAGAAAAUUGCUAACUGGCGGAGCCAAGGGGGUAAUGAUUGCAGAUACGAACGCAACCAAGGGUUACGAUACUGUAAUGAAGUUCUCACAGGAGUUUGGUCGAAACAAAAUUACUUUCAUCCAAAUCAAAGCCGCCAAUUAUGUAUUACUUAAAAACGCUUUUAUAUCUACUAUAAACUUCUACAAAGGUUUAGAUAUAGUGAUCAAUCAUGUUAGAUUUCAAGAGAAAAAUUGGGAAGAUCAAAUAGAUGAAAAUAUUAAAAGAGUAGUUCUAAGUACCCAACUAUGUUUGGAGUUUAUGGGUAGCAACUACGGAGGAAAUGGUGGUAUACUUCUAAAUAUAGCUUCCAAUUAUGACGAAAGAACAAUUUCUUGCCCCCUACGUCUCGCUAUACAAGACUUUAUAGUAAGAUUUGAUAAAUCGGUGGCGAAUGCACAUUUUGAUAGCUCUAAUAUCAGAAUAUUAACAAUAUGUAAAGCAACGUUUGAUAGUAUUGGAUGCGAUUUGUCUACAAUUAUAAGCAAAGGACCAAACGGAUGUGUGUGGGAGCCUGCAAUGGCUUUAAUUAGGCCACAUAUGUUGAAAAAUUUGGGGAGUCUUCGUUUAUUCUACGACAAAUUUCAUCUAAAACAAAAUUCGAAUCAUUUGUCCAGUAAAAGUUCAAAACAUCCGGUUAGUUGUAAAGUUGCCCUAAUAACCGGAGGAUCCGUUGGUAUUGGUUACGCGUUUGCCAAAUCUAUGUUGCAAUGUGGCCUAAAGGGGGUGGUGUUGGGAGACGUUCGAGAAGAAGACGGUGAAAAAGCAGCAGAAGAAUUUAAUGAAACUUUCGGUGAAGAUAGGGCUUUCUUUUUGAAAUGUGAUGUGACUAAAGAGGGAGAACUGGAAAAUUUAUUUGAAUGUUGCAUGGAUAAAUAUCAAGCUAUAGAUAUUGUAAUCAAUAACGCUGGAUUACUCCAAGAUAAAUAUUGGUCUCUUGAAAUUGACGUUAAUGUGAAAGGUGUAAUUCAUGGUACAUUACUUGGUUUCGAAUAUAUGGGAAAGCACAAAAAAGGUAAAGGAGGAAGCAUUGUAAACGUUGCAUCAAUUUAUGGUCUACAACAAGCACAUGGGUGUCCAGUUUAUAACGGUACAAAAGGCUUUGUAAUACGUUUUACUGAUGCCAUGUCGAAUGAAUAUUAUGAAAAAUUAACUGGAGUCAAAGUUUUCACCAUUUGUCCUGGUGUAACCGACACUAAUAUGAUUGAUGAAUCUGCUAAAUACGGCUUGCAAGGGUUUGGUGAUGUAGGCAAAAUAUUAAGCGACGCACUGGCUCAUCUGCCAAGUCAACCGGCCGAAGCUUGUGGAGACUGUCUACUGAAAAUGUUAUGUGCCGAUCAAAAUGGCAGUAUAUAUGUAAUAGAAGAAAGUGAGUGUUACCAAGUUAAACUUCCUGAUCGUCAUUCUCUUCGAGUUUGUGAUGAUUGACCUUUUUUGAAUGAUAUGUAAAUUAAUAAGU